CAGAGCCGCCCCGUCCAUCAUCAUCCUCCUCGUCCGCCGCCGCCGCCUCCGCCCCGUCCCCAGCGCGGCCCGAUGGUGGCGGCGGUGGCGAGGCGCGAUGAGCCGCCCGUCCUCCGCCGGCCCCGGCCCUAGCAAGCCUUGCGGAAAGCAGCAGCAGCACGCCCCGUCCCCCGCCGCCGUCCUGCCGGGGACCGAAGGGGCUUCUCCGCCGCCUCCCCCUCCUCCUCCUCUUCCUCCCCCCCAGCAGCAGCAACAGCAGCAGCAGCAGGAGCUGACCUCGCUCUUCGAGUGCCCCAUCUGCUUCGACUAUGUCCUGCCGCCUAUCCUGCAGUGCCAGGCCGGGCACCUGGUGUGCAAGCAAUGCCGGCAGCAGCUGAGCCUCUGUCCCACCUGCCGGGGCUCCCUCACCCCCAACAUCAGGAACCUGGCCAUGGAGAAGGUGGCCUCGGCUGUCCUCUUCCCAUGCAAGUAUGCCACAACAGGCUGCUCCCUGACCCUCCACCACACAGAAAAGCCAAAACAUGAAGCCAUCUGUGAGUACCGUCCCUACUCCUGCCCGUGCCCUGGUACCUCCUGUGACUGGGAGGGAUCCUUGGAAGCCGUGAUGUCCCACCUCAUGCAUGCCCACAAAAGCAUUACCACUCUUCAGGGAGAAGACAUCAUUUUCCUUGCCACAGACAUUAACCUGCCAGGGGCAGUGGACUGGGUGAUGAUGCAGUCGUGCUUUGGUCACCACUUCAUGCUGGUGCUGAAGAAACAGGAGAAGUGUGAAGGUCACCAGCAGUUUUUUGCCACCGUGCUGCUCAUUGGCACCCGUAAGCAGGCAGAGAACUUUCAGUACAGACUGGAGCUGCACGGCAGCUGCCACCGGCUGACCUGGGAGGCGUCUCCCUGCUCCAUCCACGACGGCGUGCACGUGGCCAUCCGCAACAGCAACUGCCUCGUUUUUGAUACAGCCACUGCACACCUCUUUGCUGACAACGGAAACCUCGGCAUCAACGUGACAAUUUCUAUGUGUUGCCCGUGAUGCAUUGCUAGCAGACUCGAGCUGGCUGGAUGUAGUGCUUCACUGGGGUUUGGUUUUGGUUCCUGUUUUUUACGCUGUUCAACUGUGUCAUCUUGUAUGCUAAGGUUUCUGACUAGCCAACGGUUGCAACUUUGGGCAGAAGAGGAGCAAGAGUGUGCUGUAAGUAAUGUGAGCAGGACAAGGUCUUCUAAAAUUCUUGGGUGCCUUAGGAAGAUUACACACCGUUACCUUUUAUAAUUUAAUUAUAUUUUAUGUAAAGAGUGCUUCCAUUGGAUAUAUGGCUUAAGAGGCUCCAGUUUGGAGCACACCUAUAAGCCUUUUCAUUAGCAGUACAGACUCCUUCUGAUGCUGGUGAGCUUGAAGAAAAGGUUUUAGUAUCACAAGAGGGUUUGGUUUGGAAGAGACUAUCAUCUGUUCCAAUCCUCCUGUCAUAGGCAGGGACACCUCCCACUGUCCCAGGUGCUCCAAGCCCUGUCCAACCUGGCCUUGGGCACUGCCAGGGAUCCAGGGGCAGCCCCAGCUGCUCUGGGCACCCUGUGCCAGGGCCUGC